UGGCGUAUUCGAUUUACAGAAAAAGUGUCAAACGUGCGCGUUAGGUUAGGUUAGGUUGAAUCGAAAAAUGGGAAUUCAAGAAGCGUUGAAUUACGCGUUGUAUACUAAUCCCCUCAGUUCUAACGCAUUUGACAUCGCUAAGAGCACAAUCACCGGCUUAGUGAGUUACGUAGGAUUAACUCCACAGGCAGAUUUUAAAAUGGUUGUACCAUCUCCUGUUCCGUUAUGGAAGCUUGCAGCCACUACCGGACCUUACGUGAGACUUGCAGCAUUCAGUGGAGCGUUAGCGGUAAUCCUUGGUGCAUACGGAGCUCACCGACAAUAUCCGAAAGACACCGCCAGAGAUAGUAUCAGGAUUUUUGAAACGGCCAAUAGGUACCACUUUAUUCACACUUUGGCCCUGCUGGGCCUGCCGCUUUGUAGGGCGUCCAAUGUGGCUGGUGUCUUCAUGGUUUCCGGUAUUCUGAUGUUCUGCGGUCCUUGCUACUACUUUGCAUUUACCUCCGACAAACGAUUCAGCAAAGUGACACCGUUCGGCGGCACUUGCUUCAUCCUCGGCUGGCUAGCAAUGCUCUAUUGAAUACUUGGGCAAAUGAAGAUAUACGAUAAGCCACUACAUUAUCCCAAAUUUUACUGUAACUUAUGAUAAUAAUGUUUCAAGUUUUAGUUCAGUAACUGUUGAACAACUGCCAAUGCUGUUUUUUUUCCCAUUGACCAAGCUGCAAUAAACAUUUAUUUGUGCAAUAA